CCCGAAAACACAAAUCCUCCCAGUCCCAAAGAGGCCAGCCUCUGGCUUCCCUCUAAGUGAUCACGUGCCUCAGACCCAGGGGCCCAGUUCCUUGGGGGCUUAGUGCCAGCGUCCCACCCCGGACGCGACACGGAGUUUCCGCGGACGACCGCAGUCCAGCCAGAGCUGCAGGCUUUGUCCUGCUUCACCAGAACCGGGCGGGUGUGGCCCUGCAGGUGGCCCGCUGCCCCACAGAUGGGCUCCAGGUGGCAUUAGGCCCCUGCAGAGCGCAGGUGAGACUAAUAACAGCUGCGGAGCUCCCAGGACGCUGAGGACCUGGCAGGGGAAGGUGAGCCCAUCCAGGGGAGCAGGGCUCCUGGAAUCAGGAUCCGCAGCCCCAAAAGGAGUGGCCCUGCCCCUCAUGUCACCUGGGGAAAACUUGGACCCGAUUCCUGACUGCUUCAUCCUGCAGCCGCCAGUCUUCCACCCGGUGAUUCCGUAUGUCACAACCAUUUUUGGUGGCCUGCACGCAGGCAAGAUGGUCAUGCUGCAGGGAGUGGUCCCUCUACGUGCCCACAGGUUUCAGGUGGACUUCCAGUGUGGCUGCAGCCUGUACCCCCAGCCGGACAUCGCCAUCCACUUCAACCCUCGCUUCCACACCACCAAGCCCCAUGUCAUCUGCAACACCCUGCACAGUGGAUGCUGGCAAAGGGAGGCCCGCUGGCCUGGCGUGGCCCUGCAGAGAGGGGCCAGCUUCCUCAUCCUCUUUCUCUUCGGGAAUGAGGAGGUGAAGGUGAGUGUAAACGGAAGGCACUUUCUCCACUACCGCUACCGGCUCCCACUGUCUCGGGUGGACACCCUGGGCAUAUUUGGUGACAUCUUGGUGAAGGCCGUUGGGUUCCUGAAUAUUAGUCCAUUUGUGGAGGGCAGCAGAGAGUAUCCCACUGGAUACCCCUUCCUGCUGCAGAGUCCCAGGCUGCAGGUGCCCUGCUCACGUGCUCUUCCUCAGGGCCUCUGGCCGGGGCAGGUCAUCAUAGUUCGGGGACUGGUCUUGCAAGAGCCAAAGGAGUUCACUCUGAGCCUGAGGGAUGAGGCCUCUCGCACUCCUGUGAUGCUCAGGGCGUCCUUCACAGACAGAACGCUGGCCUGGGUCUCACCCUGGGGAUUCAAGAAGCUCAUCUCAGCCCCUUUCCUUUUUUACCCCCAGCGGUUCUUCGAGGUGCUGCUCCUGUGCCAGGAGGGAGGGCUGAAGCUGGCACUCAAUGGACAGCCGCUGGGGUCCACCAACCUGGACCAGCAGACCCUGGAGAGGCUGCGGGAGGUCCGCAUCAGUGGAAGCAUCCAACUCUACUGUGUCCAUUACUAAGGAGGAUUCCAAAGGGACCCCGGCCAGAGAGAGGAUGGCCAGUCCACUCCCAGGGCCUGUGGUGGGGCCCCACUCUGCUGCCUUCAUUAAACUGUCCUCCUGUCACCAUCAUGUCAGGCCUGGCUCACUUCCGGGUCACAAGCCUAACUCUGCAGGGGAGCUGGGCCUACAGUAGAGGAGGCACUGGGUGUAAAGGUGGCCCCAACUCUGCUCCUACACCAGGGGCCCGGAUUGGGCUCCAUCUUCCUUCAGGGCCUAGAGUCCCCUCAGGCGGACAGGUUUUGUGGCCUAACACGAGGACUAAAACACACACUUUAAAGAAUUCAGACAUUGUUUUCACUCUUAUCUAGAGGUUUUGGGGAAGUGGCCCCUCCUCCCCUGGAAGUCCCAGGCCUUGUCUUCGACAUCACUCUGCCAUGCCCAGGGCACAGGCAUUGGUCUGUGGUUGGAGCUCUGCUGCUGCCCUGUCUAGGUUUCAGCCACUGCGAAGCCAAGGAGAGACAAGACGCCCUGAUUUCAUAAGCCCCGGCCCAGGAUUGACGCACACCAUCUACUCUCCCACUGCCUGGGCUCACAGAGCCUUCGUCCACAGUGACACGCAGCACAGCUGCUCAUGAUUUUGGCCAAAGUAAGUCACAGGGCCACACUUCAGAGAAGCACGCUGACAACCAGCCCAGAAAGGGAGAGAACCCCAUGUCUGCCAGUUAGCCACAAGGUGCCAUAGCUCCUGAGUACAGUCACGUGCCACAGGAGCACAUGUCAUUCACCUGGGUGCACAAUCCAUGGAGGUCCCACGAGAUUGUCUUCCAGGCUGUGCACGUUGUGCUGGACCAUAUGGGUUUGUGGAGGACACUCUGUGGUGUUCCCACAAUGACAGAAUUGCAAACAAUGCAUUUCUCGGAGCUUGUCCUCAUCAUUAAGUGACACGUGACUGUAUUUUGCACAUUAAAUAGAACAGGGGAAAAAAAGGAAGGAUAUAGAGAAUUUGAGUCAUAUAAUCAAACAGCUGAGGUGAAUAGGUACUUUUAAGAAUUGGUACCCUACACACAGAGAGCAAUGCUCUCAAUAUCCUGCCCUGUAUCCACUUUCCAAGGCUGACCAGGAAAAAUCUUAGUACAUUCCCCAGAGCAGAGAUUCCAUAGCAAAUAUGCCCUGAUUAUAGUCCUGUAAAACUUGCAAUCAAUGAGAAAGAUAACUGACAAGUGGCCACCUAGAAACUGAGGCACAGGUUUCUGGAUAAGGUCCAGGUCAAAGAGGAGAAGAUAAAGGGGUGGUGCUGAGAGCCAUUGCCAAAUAGGAAUGACGCAUGGCAAUUUCCUUGUCAGCCUAACCCAAUGUUGCUUAGAGCUAAGACUCUCCAUUGUGGAAAUGGGCUUGCCUUGGACCCAGGUCACUUGCAGUGACAUUGCAUGAAUGUUUGAGAAAGGUGACCCUGCUCAAGGACCAGGGUGGAUCCGGGUUUAGGGAGGAUCCUGCUGGAUUAGGGUGGGUCCAGGUUUAAGGUGGACCCUGCUGGGAAUAGGGCAUAUCCUGCUGCCUCAGGUGCCCGCCUGCUCCUGGAGUUCCCGUUGAGUUCUUGCGGGAUUCAGAGAGUAUUUGGGGAUGCAGAGCCUGGUGGAGGUGUGGAUUUUCCCAGAAUGCGAGUGUAGAGUGCGGGUGAGAGUUCAAGGAAUAAAGAGUUACUGUUUGAAUCUACAAGGCGGUGUGGUGGCUUGGUUAUUUUGUGCCCAGCCAGACUGCGGCAGGGUGGAAGAGCCAGGUGCAGGCAGAUCCCCAGGCCCAAGCAAAGCAGGGAGCAGGCAGCUCAACCCCACCCAGCCUGUUGAGCUGGGUGCAGAGCCCGUCCUGGGUCCUCAUCCCCUUAAAGUAAACCUUACAACACCAUAGGCCUUCCAGAUGUUCUUAGCUGUUUUUGACCUUUUAAUUCUCCACCAGAAUUUUUGGAAUAAACCUUUCAGUUUCCACCAAUAUAAUUUUUUGUUUGGUUUGGUUUGGUUGGAAUUGAAUUGACUGUGUGGACUUUUGGGGCAGGGGACAUGCAUCUCUACAUUGUUUUGUGUCAACCAUAAACAUAGUGCCUCUGCCAAUUUAUUGAGGUCAUCUUUUAUAUGUAUCAAUUAAGUUUUAUGUAUUUAAUUUUUUAACAGCACCUGGCACAAUGGUAAUUAUAUUCAUGCUCAGGCCCUUUAUAGCUUACUAUUAGUGCUUUAUAGUUAUUCAGAAUCUCAGGGUGCAUUCUGACAUGAUCAUAGAAUCACUGAAGUGGCGCCCCCUUUCUCCACAGAAAAGCCCUCUUCACCAUGGCUAAUUUUAGGAGUGUCAGCAAAAGAGUCCAAUGUAGAUAAACUUCCUAUUUUCGUGCCACCCUGUUUACUUGGCCACUGGCUGAGAAGAUACCAGCACUCCAGGUGCUGGACACCCCCUUACUAGUUUUCACAAACGUAUCCAGCAUAGUACUUUGAAGAAAUGUGCAAACAAGGCCUCUGGCCUUGGGCUGGGCUUCACAGAGAUGUCUACAUUUUUAAGUUACCAAUUAGGCUCCAUGGUAACAGCUGGCAGGGGGAGGAAAGAAAGGGGAGAAGAAGCUCUCCCCUUCUCAGGUGUUGUCCUUGAAGAGUUAACUUGCCCAAAACAGUGAAAGAAAAAGCUGCUUUUAUGUGAACUUCCGCAGACUGUGAACUUCUGAGCCCCUCCCCUUACACACUGGGUAUAAAACCCUGAAGUUCCCUGAACUUGGGGUUCAGGGGAUUGAUUGAUUACAGCAAAGGCUAUACCCUCUGAAUCUGGCUGUAGCCAAAUAAAACUGUUUCCUGCUGUC